GCAAUAAAGUUUAAUUCCGAAUGCUGUCUCCGUGAUCGGGCAUUGAUUGGUUCGAUAUAUCAAAUGCAUAUCUGUAUAUCUGUACAGUAAGCUUAAACCCUUGUCACCUCAUCGUGCAUCUGUCCGUUCCAGAGCAUACAGCGUACCUAAAGUCAGAGACAGGUAGAGCGAAAGCUUUCGAAAACACUUCAUCUCCGGCCUCCCAGGCCUUCGGAAAUCAGUCAAGAUGUUGGAUACUUUCGAAAUUCUAACUACAUCCGGUGUGGUUCUCUGGUCACGCACGUACGCACCAAUCAACCCGUCCGUCAUCAACAACUUCAUCGCCGACGUAUUCAUCGAGGAAAAGGGCGCCGCAGCUGGCGCAAAGGACACCCAAUCCACCGCGAGCAAUCCACCAUACAAAGCCGAUCAACAUACGCUAAAGUGGACUUUUGUCAAGGAGUUAGGUGUAAUAUUUGUUGCCGUCUACCGGUCCCUGCUACACCUUUCAUGGAUUGACAAGCUUGUCGACAAUCUGAAAACCAUAUUUGUUGAUCUGUACGGCGAUCAAUUACGGAAGCCCCAUACGACCAUCGUAGAAUGCCGCAAAUUCGACGAGUACUUCGAUCAACAAUACCACGAACUCGAAGCGAAUGGGACAGGAAAUACUGCGCGGCCUGUAGACGCUUCCUCUCUUCUAGAAGAGGACGGCAUAUCUGGGGGUCGAGGAGAAGAGCCUCCGCUUCCGCCCGGCCUUAAACAUAGAGGUAAGACGCAAAAUGGCCCACAGGAACACUCAUCCACCGCCGAAUCCACGCCAAUCGUAACUCCGAACACAUCCCGGCCCUCCACACCCGCCGGAAAGCAUUUAGUUGUAGGAAAGGGAGGACCAAUGGCGAAGAUGUCGAGGAGAGCUAGGAAGAUCCGAAAUAACAGCUCUGCCCCGGUUUCCUCCGGGGACGAGGCGCCAUCUAGGAAAGCGAAGAAGGCACCCAAGAAGGGUCGGAAGUGGGAUGCUGAUGGCUUUGCGGACGAAGAGGAUGACAGUCUACAGUUAGAUUACUCGGCGGCUCAAAACGCCCUAACGAGUGACAGCGAGGUAGAGGCAAUUUCUAGGUCAACAGCGGUAGAAGGCGUAGACUCGUCUACAUGGGGAACGACAACUUCUAAGGGACAGUUCGUAUUGAAGGACUUAGACGACGAAGUACAUUCUAUCCUCAAGUUAGCCGAAGAAAAGAAUACCGCAUCGAAGACAGAGACUAAAGGUGGGCUUGUGGGUUCCGGCUUGAACACGAUUAGCAGUCUCUUCCGUAAUGUCGUGGGUGGAAAGACAUUGACGCAAGAAGAUCUCGACAAAGCUAUGAAGGGCAUGGAAGACCAUCUACUACGAAAGAACGUCGCCCGCGAAGCAGCUGUGAGGCUUUGCGAAGGUGUCGAGAAGGAGCUUAUCGGCGUGAGGACGGGCAGCUUCGAGAGCAUCGAUGCACGGAUCGCUAAGGCCAUGGAGGCAUCGCUCACUAAGAUGCUGACACCCACGUCUUCACUAGAUCUUCUACGAGAGAUAGAUUCCGUCAUCAAACCAUCGGCAACGUCAAUGCGUAAACCUAGGCCGUACGUCAUCUCUAUCGUCGGAGUCAACGGCGUUGGCAAAUCGACGAACUUGUCUAAGAUCUGCUACUUCCUGCUACAGAACAAAUACAAAGUUCUGAUCGCCGCAGGAGAUACCUUUCGAUCAGGAGCGGUGGAGCAGCUAAAAGUUCACGUGCGGAAUCUGAAGGAGUUAACUGAACGUGAAGGCGGAAAGGUUGAGAUUUACGAGAAGGGAUAUGGUGGCGAUGCGGCUACAGUUGCUAAAGAUGCCGUAAAGGAGGCCGCCCACGAAGGUUUCGAUGUCGUGCUUAUUGAUACGGCGGGGCGGCGGCACAAUGACCAGCGGUUGAUGUCAUCUUUAGAGAAAUUCGCCAAGUUUGCUCGACCGGACAAGAUUCUCAUGGUUGGCGAGGCACUCGUGGGAACAGACUCUGUCGCCCAAGCUAGGAAUUUCAACUCGUCUUUCGGCCCCGGUCGAACAUUAGAUGGGUUUAUCAUUUCCAAGUGCGAUACCGUUGGAGAUAUGGUGGGAACACUGGUCAGCAUUGUACACGCCACCAAUGUGCCCGUCCUGUUCGUUGGUGUCGGGCAGCACUAUUCGGACAUCAGGAACUUCUCUGUGAAAUGGGCGGUGGAGAAGUUGCUGAGUAAUAGUUAAUUAUUCCGUAGAUUAAUGUGUAAAGGGUUCUCAUAGUGCCUAUGUAUAGGUAGUGCAGGGGUUUUUCCCCUGUCUAUUUUUACAUGUCACCUUCAUGAGAGCCAGAAUUGGAUUCAAGCCAUCAGCAAAGAGGGGAUCGUGAGCUACCGUCUAGCCUAUCCUACAUACAAUUGAUUUAGGAAUUCUUCGUAAGGAACAACUCAAGUACCGGUAGCAUUUACCUUCUGUUAUGAGGACUUUGUGCAAGCCCACUGACAAAUAGACCAGAUGGAAUACAGAAUGAAGUCAGACGCUUCGAUCGAGUGAUAACCUGCGCACAAUAUCAUCAUUGGUGUGAUAAUGCAGAUCCCAUCUUUUCAGGGGACGUGAAGCAACUACGACACAUGCCGUGCUGAAGUCCGUACGUAGUUCCGGCUUAUGUAGUAAAGAGACAGGUUAAGGUGGGCUCUGCUGAGAGCCCCUGAGACUUCAACUAUGCGGGAGAACUUAUUACAAUCUCACUUUAGAAGUGGAGCUAGUCAAGAUCCAAAACUGUAAAGGGGCUUUUAUUUCAGUCUAGUAAUAUCGAGGUUAAAGACUCCGAUGGUUAAAUGGGUUUAUGGCAAACCUACCCAGGCAGGUACCUACCUAACCAGUUGUAUUUAGUCACGUAGAUAUAAACCUGCAGUUAUUCGG